AUGGCCACGUACAAUCUAAGAAGCCCAGCCGUGAAACGCCUCUUGCAAGAAGCUCGAGAACUACAGCAAGAUAAUUGCUGCGACUAUACCGCCCAACCUCUUGAGGAUAAUCUUUUUGAAUGGCAUUUUGUGAUCCGUGGGCCCGAUGGUACUGAAUUUGAAGGUGGAAGGUACCAUGGGCGCAUUCUUUUACCCUCAGAAUACCCCUUUAAACCGCCUAAUUUAAUGCUUUUGACUCCAAACGGACGAUUUGAAUUAAAUAAAAAAAUUUGUUUAAGUAUCACCGGAUAUCACCCAGAAUAUUGGUUACCGGCGUGGGGAACCAAUGGUGCGAUUGGUGGAAUUGAUUAUACCGAGGCCGAAAGGAGGUUGCUGGCACGAAAAUCGCAUAAUUGGAAAUGUUCUAUAUGUGGCAUAUCCAAUAUCGAUAAACUGCCAGACGAUAAGAGUAACCCAAACCAGUCUUUAUCUUCCAAUUCCGGGGACAGCUUAGAUAGCAAAGCAUCUAAAGACAAUGAAAUCAUGCCACAAUUUUCUUUUGUAUAUGAUGAUGAACGACGUGUGAAUGACAAAGUUAACAAUGAUCAUACUUCAAAAGGCAACAACUCUGCCUCGUCGUCAACUUCCUUUAUUCCGUCACAAAGCACAGAUUCUGAAAGCACAACGAAUCAGCUUGAUACCAAGUCUAACGAAUCAUCUAGGCCCGAAGCCCAUCCCAUAGUGCAACAAUCAAUUGUUGCGCAAUCACCAUUCAGAUCAGUGAUCAUUAUCGAUGCAUUCAUCGCAGUCUUCGUUGCCAUGAUUAUUACUUUAUUGAUCAAGAAAUUUAUUUUACCUAGCUUGAAGAUUUAG